AUGAAAACAGACCAACGAUUCCCCCUUUUCUCUAAAAAUAAUCGUCUACAACCCUACGGAUCGCUACCAACUUCUCCUCCGUCGCCGUCUCCUCUGCACGGAAUACUUUAUGGGCUUGAAUUGCCGCCGAUAAGACUUUUUUCGGUGGUAGUGCUGGCAUGUCGGAUCAGGAUAUCGAACAGCGGUUUAUCGGGCGUGCCCGUUUACGCUCUCAGCAACUCUUCGGAGGAAUUUGUUGUGGUUUCGGGUCAAAAUCCAGUGAAGUCUCUAGGGUUAUUCUGUUUCAAGGAAGAAGAUGCUGAGACACUCCUUGGACAAAUGAAAUCCAUGGAUCCUAGAAUGCGCCCUGGUUCAAAAGUAGUUCCCAUUGCUCUUAGCAUGCGUAAAGUUAAUGGGGUUUCAACUGUCGCCGUCUCCUCUGCACGCAAUCCUGAUAUUGAUAUUCUCUUAGUUUUGGCUAACUUAGGUGCGUGUGUGUUUCAACUGAUCAAAAUUUUCUUUUUUCCACCAUUAACAUAUGCGGUUAACAGUGUCUGUCUCCUUUGCAGCUACAUGUUUCAAUGGUCACAGUUUUGUCCAUUGAUACCCUUGUCAGAAUCCAUGCCAAAGGAACUGGGUGCCAGCCUGCAUUAUAUGCUUAAUCUGAUCACAGGCAUGGCUACACAACAAAUAGAUACAGGGCUCUCUGAGGCUCUUGUAGCAAUGUUCUCUGACCUUCCUGUAAGCUUUAAAUAA